GAAGACCACGACAUUGACUCGAAUUCGAAUAGAAGUUCGUGCUUUUUCUUUGUUGGCUCGUAAUGGUUUUACAAAUAGCUAUUACCACUCAUCAUGAGCACAGCUCUCCGACUGUUUCCUUCCCGAAUUUGCUGUUGGAGUGGGACCGCCAUCCAGGAAAUGCGCGCAAUUGGAGUACCUUCCGGAAAGUUUACACUAUUGCGAUAGUUUCGGUCAUCGGCUUCGUUUCUACCAUUGCUACAUCCAUGUACUCUCCCGGGCACCAGGACGUCGCACGCGAGUUUGGUGUGUCUGAAACAAUGGCGAUGCUACCUUUGUCAUUCUACGCCUUGGGCCUGGCCUUCGGGCCCAUGCUGGGAUCCCCCAUGAGCGAAACAUUUGGUCGCAAGAUCGUUUACCUUUCUACGAUACCUGCUUUUGCAAUGUUCAUCUUGGGGUCGGGAUUGUCCAAAAGCAUAGCAAGUCUCUGCGUGUGCAGAUUCUUCGCAGGCUUCUUUGCAGCACCUGGGGUCAGCAUCGCAACGGCGACCAUCGCAGACACUGUAGCACCAGAUGGCAGAGGGGUGCCUCUAGCAAUAUACUUCACCAUGCCUUUCGUUGGAUCACUCUUGGGACCCGUGAUAGGGGGACUUGUGUCGGAGUGGAAAGGUUGGCGAUGGACUCAAUGGACGACACUCUUCUUCGCAGCCACAGCCUUCCCGCUGCUUGGAUUCGUCCAUGAAUCGUAUCGUGGGGUACUGCUCCAGCGCAUUGCAAAGAGAGAGGGAAUAGGGAGUUCCGAGCAUUCAAAGAAAUUAUCUAAUUCUUUGAGAGCCUUCUUUACCAAGACAGUCUCCCGGCCUGUACACAUGCUUUUCACUGAGCCCAUCGUGGGAUUCGUAUGUCUGUACUGCUCGUUCCAAUUUGCGCUCCUAUACACUUUUAUUGUCGGCAUGCCUUAUGUAUUCUCUCAUACCUACGGCUUCUCUGCCAUGCAGCAGAGUCUCUCGUUCCUCGGUCUCACGAUCGGGGCUAUCCUCGCCGGCAUCACACUCGUCAUCAUGGAUUACUACGUUUACCAAUCCAUUCACCGAAGGUUCCGCGUCGCCACUCCAAAUGGAUUCUUCCCGCCAGAACAUCGACUCUACCCCGCUAUGCUCGGGUCCUGCCUGCUUCCAAUCGGACUAUUCUUCUUCGCUUGGACUGCACGGUCCGAUGUGACAUGGGUAGUCUCGCUCCUCGCUCAGUGCGUCACUAUGCUUGGUUCGAUUCUUGCAUACGUUAGCGUUAACAUGUACAUGCUUGACACUUAUGGCCCACUUUACGGUGCUUCGGCGGCUGGUGCAAGCAGUCUCGCCAGAUAUGUUUUAACAGCUUGCUUUCCGUUGUUCACACUGCAUAUGUAUAAGAGCCUCGGGACGAAUUGGACGGCGAGCUUGUUAGGAUUUUGUACUUUGGCUAUGGCCCCAAUACCUUUGGUGUUCUGGAAAUGGGGAGCAAGGUUGAGGGCGAGAAGCUGCUAUGAGAUGGAACUGUGAAUCGUCGGUGUUAGUUGAUAAAGUGCUCUAGGUACAUUGAAAAAUCCUUUGCUUUUGAUCACUUUGUCACUUUAACAGAAUUCUCAAAUAAAAGUAUUCCUCGCUAGGAAACCUAUUAAUGGAAAUAAAUGAGGAGUUUUGAUAAAAUCUUGACCGAUAUUAUGCAAGGCAAUUAAACUUGUAUAGGCACUGAUUACUUCCUCUUUUCAGCUUUGAUGGCGAAUUGUUGUUAUGUACGACGUUUGAUCGGAUCGCUGGGAUUAGGACAUCGUGCGAGGGGACUGUUGAUGGCAGGCUGCGGCAAUGGGAGAAGUUGAAUAGACGCACCAUUGGAUAACUGAAAAAUAAAAAGAAAUCAUUGAA